ACGGACAAUGUGUGGCUGACCUUUCACUACACCAAUCCCCCCAACCCUUUCCACCGAGAAAUUAAAACCCAAAAGAUCCACGGCAGAUUUAGGCUGCCUCCUUCAUAGCUGCAACGAUCAGUGUUCGUUCCUUUGAUGAUCGGGUGCCGCCUCGGUUCAAUGAUCUCCAUCUAGAGAUUUGAUGCCACAGGGGCGGAACCACGACCAUCAUCUGCAGUGAAUUUUUCCUUCCUCUCCACUCGCACAAGACUAGAAAUUAAGAAACGGGGAGACAGAGGAUGUCUGGUGGUGGAUGUAGCAUAGUGUGGUUUAGAAGGGACCUGAGGAUUGAGGACAACCCGGCGCUGGCCGCUGGUGUCAGGACCGGCCCGGUGAUCCCACUCUUCAUAUGGGCGCCGGAGGAGGAAGGCCACUAUCACCCGGGGAGGGUCUCCAGGUGGUGGCUGAAGCAGAGCCUUGCCCAUCUCGACGCCUCCCUCAGAACCCUUGGCGCCCCGAUCCUCACCCGCCGCGCCACCGACAGUGUUUCCUGCCUCCUCGAAGUCAUCCGCUCAACUGGAGCAACGCACCUCUUCUUCAACCAUCUCUAUGACCCAAUCUCUCUGGUGAGAGACCAUAAAGCCAAGCAGGUUUUGGUGGCGCAUGGCAUCGACGUUCGGUCGUUUAAUGCGGAUUUGCUCUAUGAGCCUUGGGAGGUGAAGGAUGAUAACGGACAGUCUUUCAAUACGUUCGCACCCUUCUGGAGCAAGUGUCUCAGCAUGCCCUAUGACCCAUCCGCGCCUCUGCUCCCCCCCAAGAGGAUAAUUUCAGCUGAUAUUUCAAGGUGCCAGUCGGACAUUCUGGCCUUCGAGGAUGAAUCUGAGAAAGCAAGCAAUGCCCUUCUUGCAAGAGCAUGGUCGCCUGGAUGGAGCAAUGCUGAUAGAGCUCUUGCUGCAUUUAUUAAUGGCCCUUUGCUUGAAUAUUCGGUGAACCGUAAAAAGGCAGAUAGUGCAAGUACUUCCCUUCUUUCUCCGCAUCUGCACUUUGGAGAGCUAAGUGUCCGUAAAGCUUUUCAUCUCGUACGCAUGAAACAGGUGCUCUGGGCAAAUGAAGGGAACACUUCGGGUGAAGAAAGCGUUAACCUAUUUCUCAAGUCCAUCGGUCUUCGAGAAUACUCAAGAUACUUCACGUUUAACCAUCCUUGCGGUCACGAAAGGCCUUUGCUCGAGCACCUGAAGUUCUUUCCAUGGGUUGUUAAUGAGGGUUAUUUUAAAUCAUGGAGGCAGGGCAGGACUGGUUACCCACUGGUUGAUGCUGGCAUGAGAGAGCUUUGGGCAACUGGGUGGUUGCAUGACCGUAUACGCGUGGUGGUCUCAAGUUUCUUUGUCAAGGUCCUGCAACUUCCUUGGAGAUGGGGAAUGAAGUACUUCUGGGAUACACUGCUGGAUGCUGAUCUGGAAAGCGAUGCUUUGGGAUGGCAAUAUAUAUCUGGGACUCUUCCUGAUGGCCGUGAAUUUGAUCGUAUAGAUCAUCCACAGCUCGAAGGUUAUAAGUUUGAUCCCAAUGGCGAGUAUGUUAGAAGGUGGCUUCCCGAACUAGCAAGGUUACCAACUCAGUGGAUUCAUCAUCCGUGGAGUGCACCUGAAUCUGUACUGCAAGCUGCGGGCGUCGAACUUGGCUCAAAUUAUCCAUUUCCAAUUGUAGAAAUCUCAGCAGCAAAAGCCAGAUUGCAGGAGGCACUGUCAGAGAUGUGGCAGCUAGAAGCGGCUUCAAGAGCUGCAAUUGAGAAUGGAGCACAAGAAGGGUUAGGGGACUCGUCAGAAGAAACUAUGGCCAUCUACCCUCUUGAAGCUAGCAUGGAAGUGGAUCACCAACCAACUAGAAUCAACACUACAAAUGCAUCGAGGAGACAGCAGGAUCAGAUGGUCCCCAGUAUGACCUUUUCUUUCCUUAGAGUUGAAGAGGAGCCCUCUUCAAACAACCAGACACUUUCAGUGGGUAGCAGACCUGAAGUUCCAUCAGCAGUGAACAUAAGUUAUGAGUCACAGAGAGAAGAACCAAUCGUUAUUGGAAGACAAACUUUUGGAGAUAUUUCUCAGUUCCAUGUUAUCAGUAGAUUGCAAGCUGCUGAGGAAUCUACUGCAGAAUCAUCAAGCACCCAAAGAGAAAGAGAUGGGGGUGUUGUUCCAGUUUGGUCGCCCUCGACAGGGGGUCCGUCAGAGCAGUUUGUAGAAGAAGAAACCGCCAUUGGAAGUAGUAGACCUUUCCUUCAAAGACAUCCUGAGUCGCAUCAACUCAUGAAUUGGAGGCAAAUAUCACACACUGGGUAAGGCCAACAAGAUUGGAGUUGGAGAUAGACACGACUAUACGACCAAAAGCUGCUGGAUAGUCGUAGACGGUCCUAGCUUGUAAGCGUGUUGACCACUGAUCUUUGCUGCCGGGGGCAUAUUCUCCGCCACAAUCUGCUUACUUGAGGUCUUGGCCAUCAGGCACCUAAACCACUCCCCAUCUGUAACUUCGCUGUAUCAUAGGGUUAUGACAUUGUAUAGUAAAAUAAAAACCGUCCGGAACUUUUUAAGAACAAAUGUGUGGCUGCUGACUCCACCGAACAUGAGCUCAUAGCUAUUGUUCUUUUGAAGGUUAGAUUUGCAGGUGGAGUUGGGAUUGGCCUUCCCCGUGCCAUUUUUGUUGUUACUUUCUUCACCAAGAUAUGAAUGAACUGCCGGCCGUAGUCUUGAACUCUCGACGGUGCUUGAGAUUUUCAGGUCGCCCGUGUGAUCUCAAGCCUGACCCGUUUGGGCCCGUUAUGAGGUAAUAUGCGUAAUUAUAAUCGUGCUCCAACUAUUAAUUGUACACUAUUUGCUACUGUACCGCUUAUUCUAACUAGCAAGCUAAUAGUACUAUUAUCUACUUUUCUAUCUCUAAA